AUGGCCACCAACCAGGUAUGGAGAUUGAAACGCUAUGGGCGUUUCGUCCCAGGCAUCAAAGACAAAAGAGGACAGCCUUGGAAGGUAUUUAAGACAAAUGACAGUAAACCUGAGAUUGUCCUUACAAUUGUGGAAUCUGGAUAUUUGCUCGUAUUGCAAGGACAGGAAAGCUUGGAUACAAUCCCAUUGCUCUGUGGCUCAGACUCUCUCAAAGUACAGCAGAAAUCUGAUAACCUGAUGCUUCAAGUUACUGUAAAGGGAGAAAGUCGCAUGAUAAGGAUGCAGUUUGAUGGAAGUAGCAGGGCAGAGGCUAUAAAGGAGUGUUCAAGUGCUGUGGAAAAACUGAUGGAGUACUUGCCUGUCACCACUCAGGAUGACACCCCACCACCCCAUAAUCAGCCCCCCACUGAAGUCUCUGCACCAGUGAUACAGGGAAAGGCUGUUGGAGUUGAGGCUGAGGUUGUCCAAGGAUCAGUGUCCAUCAAGCAUCUUACACAGCACUUCCUGGGAGAGACUGCUGUCACUCUACCUCAAGUAUAUCACCACGAUUCUUUGGCACAGGGUGACUUUGAGCCAAUCCUUCGUGUUUGUUUGCUGGAUCCCAGCUUUCCUGCAUUUGUGGAGAAGGUGGAGGGGGAGCUGCGGAAAUUGCUUCAAGAGUGAAGACUUAACAACAGCUGAAGGCAGAUAGGUCGAGUCAGUGCAAUGGGUUUUUUCUUAUACAGUUUGUGUAGGCAGUACCUGGUGGUGGUUUCUUGCUGUGCUGCCGAUGAUGAAAUGUUGUUACAUAUUAGUUGUUA